UAGACUUUUUAAGGCACAAAAACAGUGGUUUCUUUUGUUGACCCUUAAGAGUUUGUUUUAACUACUACUAUGUAAAUAUAUCUUGUUCCAGCACUGCACUACAUACAACCAACCAACCAACCAACCGUGUGGACCAUUUAAAAGCUCUGAUUGAGUUACCAAAGCUGAACAUCAGCACACAGGCUACAGGUUUAACACACAAUCAGAAAGUAUAGAGUCAACAGUAAAAAGAAAUCCACACUUUGACAGUCAGACGUUUCAUAUAAAGUUUACAAUAACUUGAUACAGAUAUUAUGGUUUGCGUGCCCGAGCAAGUCUAACAGGCAUUCUUUUGCUCGUCAUCAACACUGAAGACAUCAAAGAACCAGCACAGCUCAUGUAUGGAAUAGUCAUGGACGCUGGAUCCUCUCAUACUUCUGUGUUCAUCUACAAAUGGCCAGCAGACAAGCAGAACGGUACUGGCAUAGUCAGUCAACACAGCGAGUGUCAUGUGAAGGGAGGUGGGAUCUCCAGUUAUGCUGGUAACAGAGGAGGAGCAGCCCAUGGUCUUGAGGAAUGCAUGGAAAAAGCCAUGCAGGAGAUCCCAAAGUCAAGACACAAACUCACCCCUGUGUAUCUUGGGGCCACAGCAGGCAUGAGACUACUGAAUAUUUCUAAACCCAAAGAGUCAGAUGAGGUUUUGAAGGAAGUGGCAGACAAACUGAAGACCUACCCAUUCAGCUUCAAAGGGGCCAACAUAUUAAGUGGACAAGAGGAGGGAGCUUAUGGAUGGGUCACAGUCAACUACCUGCUUGAGAAAUUUAUUACGUAUGGUUUUGUGGGUCAGUGGCUGUCUCCAGGCAAGGACACGGUUGGUGCUCUAGACUUGGGUGGAGCUUCUACUCAGAUCACCUUUGAAACUAAACAGAUAGUGGAGAACAAGGACAAUCUGAUGAAACUGAGGCUGUACGGACGAGACUAUCAGAUUUAUACUCAGAGCUUUCUGUGUUAUGGGAGAGAUCAGGUGUUACUCAGACUGCUGGCACUUCUGAUGAAGACUCAGGGUUCAGACCGCUCCAUAGUUCACCCCUGCUAUCCUGCAGGUUACAGUGACUCCAUAAAGCUGAGCAGUGUGUUUGAUACUCCAUGCAAUAAAAGACCAACUCUGUAUAAACCUGAUGACGACCUGCAAAUCAAAGGCACAGGAAACUACGAUCAAUGCCUGGGAAAUGUUUCUCGUCUCUUCUCUUUUAACAACUGUUCUUAUUCAAGAUGCCCCUUUGAUGGAGUCUUCCAGCCCAACAUUACUGGAAACUUUAUGGCGUUUUCUGCUUUUUUCUACACUCAUUCGUUCCUCCAGAAAGCUGCAGGCAUCACCGUCACGUCUCCAGCAGAUUUAGAGGACGCCAUCCGUGUUGUCUGCAACAUGAGCUUUCAGGAGAUGCAGAAUAAGUUUCCUGAUGAGGGAAACCAUUUGAGGGAUUACUGUGCAGAUUCCAUCCUUCUGCAGGUGCUCCUGAUCAAUGGAUAUGGCUUCAGUGAUCUCUCCUUCCCACACAUCUCCUUUCGGGAGAAAGCUGAAGACACUUCUGUCGGCUGGUCCCUUGGCUACAUGCUAAGUUUAAGCAACUUGCUGCCUGCUGAAAAUGUGCUUGUGAAAAAAACACUGCGCCCAGAUGCCUGGCGUGCUGCCGUCUUCCUCUUCUCAGUCCUUCUUAUUGCGUCUAUAUUUUUCCUGCUGCGAACCUACCAAAAGAAUGCCACUAAAUUAUGUUGUUGAUCAUUACGCACUAAAGAGUUUUUCUGUCCUUAAGGGAUAAGCUGUAAGUAUAUGCAGUAUAUGAAAAAGUAUAAACUUUUGUAUUGACUUUUUUAAAAACGUCAGAUUGUGUCAAUGUAAUUUGCUGUAAAAUUGAUGUGGAAUUCAUGAAGAUGUAUGUUAAGUAUUAAAUUGACAUUAAUUAAUGUAUAAAGACCAAGCAGCACACUAACAUUUCAGAAAUCCUAUCUGGUCUUUAAACGGCCUUGCUUCCACUUCUUAAUGACUUUGGUGAAUGUGGAAAUUUAGAACAAGGAGAUAUUUCUUUUUUUAGCCACCCACUGUUGCAUAAACCUCUUAGUUUCUGAUCCUCAAUCAGCUGAACAGAAGAGCCUAUUGGUUGUUGUGCGUGGGCCCACAGUUCAUAACAUCUUUGUACUACACUUAUGAAUUUGUGACUUUUUGUUUCAUAUUUAGUUUUCUUUUAUUUUGGCCAAGAGUCAGAAUUUUAUUAAACUCUGGAAUUGUUAUAAUAAAGACAAGUGUAUUAUUUCAA